AUGCCAUUUGGACAGAUAGUCAUUGGACCACCAGGUUCUGGUAAGUCAACUUACUGUAAUGGUUGCAGUCAGUUCUUCAAUGCCAUCGGAAGGCAUGCACAAAUAGUUAACAUGGACCCAGCCAACGACAAGUUGCCGUAUCCGUGCGCAGUCGAUAUUAGAGAUUUCAUUACGCUGGAAGAAAUUAUGAGUGAACAGCAACUUGGCCCCAAUGGUGGACUUAUGUACGCUAUCGAAUCUCUGGAUAAGUCCAUCGACAUGUUUAUUCUACAGAUCAAAUCCUUAGUGGAACAGGAGAAGGCCUAUGUUGUGUUUGAUUGUCCCGGCCAAGUGGAGCUCUUUACACAUCAUUCUGCCUUGUUCCAUGUUUUCAAGAGACUGGAGAGAGACCUUAAGAUCAGGCUCUGUGUUGUCAAUUUGAUUGAUUGUCACUACUUGACCUCGCCUACUCAGUACAUCUCAAUUCUGCUGCUGGCACUACGAUCCAUGCUAAUGAUGGAUUUACCCCAGAUAAACGUUUUUUCAAAGAUAGAUAUGAUCAAGUCCUAUGGAGAGCUGCCGUUCCGUCUAGACUACUACACAGAGGUUCAGGACUUGGACUACCUGAUGCCUCAUAUUGAGAAAGAGAAUAACACAUUGAUGGCCAAACGGUACAGCAAGCUGACUGAGACCAUCAGUGAGCUAGUCAGCGAUUUCAACCUGGUUUCCUUUGAAGUGCUUGCAGUGGACGACAAGGAGAGCAUGAUCAACUUACAAAGCAUAGUGGACAAAGCCAACGGGUACAUAUUUGGUUCCUCCGAAGUAGGUGGAGACACUGUGUGGGCUGAGGCCACGAGAGAGGGUGCUCUAAUAGCAAAUUAUGAUAUACAGGAUAGAUGGAUUGACAACAAAGAGAUGUACGACAAGAUGGAGCAAGAGAGGAGAGCUGAGAUUCUGCGCGACAGAGAGAUGCAAGAGAAAGAAGUGGACGUGGACAACGAGGACGAGUGGGAAGCGGCGCUAAGAGAAUGGGAGGAGAAACAGAACACAGACUACGUGAGGUGA